AUGGCCCUCGUCAGUCGCAUCUGGGGUUGCUUCAACCCACCCACGCCCCCCAAAUCCAGCGAUGCCAUCAGGUUCGGCGUCCUGGGAGCUGCUGGCAUUGCACCCCUUGCCUUGUUCAACCCCGCCAAGUCCCAUCCCGAAGUCAUCAUCCAAGCCAUCAGCGCCCGUGAUCGCAAAAAGGCAGAGGAAUACGCAAAGUCCCACAGCAUCCCAGAGGUCAAGGAUACCUACCAAGAGAUCCUCGACGACCCCAACAUCGACGCCGUCUUCAUCCCCCUCCCCAACGGCCUACACUUUGAAUGGGCCGUCCGCGCCAUCCGCGCCGGCAAGCACGUCCUCCUCGAGAAGCCCUCCGUGUCCAACUCCACCGAGGCCGAAAUCCUCUUCAACCUGCCCGAGCUGGACGCGCCCAACGCGCCGGUCCUCCUCGAGGCCUUUCACAGCCGCUUCUACCCCUCGUGGGCCCUCUUCCGCUCCCUCGUCGAGCCCUCCGAGAUUGAGCACGUCGAGACCCGCUCCAUGAUCCCCUGGUGGGCCAGCAGCAAGGACCAGAUUCACUUCAACUACGCGCUGUCUGGGGGCUCCAUCAUGGCCAUGGGCACGUACAACCUCGCCGCCCUGCGCCUGCUCUUUGGCGAGAGCCCCGAGGAGUGCCUCAGCUGCGACGUCAAGGCGUACACCGACGGCAUCCACGACAAGUGCGACUACGAGUUCAAGGCCACGUUCCGGUUCCCCGGCGGCCGCACCGGCGUCGCCUCCAGCACCCUCAUGGGCGAGACCAUCAUCAAGCCCUCGUGGGUCACCGUCACUACGAAGCAGGUGCCCUUCCCGAACGUCAACCUCCCGGCCGGCCAGCAACAGUUCCAACGGCGCGAGCUCACGCUUCAGGGGCUUGUCCACGGCGUCUUCUGGCACCGUAUCGACAUCAAAGAGAUGAACGAGAUCCGCUCCAAGGACGGCAGCGUCGUCAAGGCCUGGACCAAGGCGACGUCCCGCAAGGCCUACACCUGGAAGGAGGCCGGAGGCGAGUUCGCCGAUCUGCCGGGCGAGGCGCACUGGAUGUCGUAUAGGCACCAGCUGGAGCAGUUUGUCAACAGGAUCAAAGGCCGCAAGACGCAGCAUUGGGUCGACAGGGAGGACUCCAUUGCUCAGAUGAAGAUGGUUGACAUGGCGUAUGAGAGGAGUGGCUUGGGGCCUCGGCCUGCGAGUUCCUUUCGGUGA